AUGCUGAGAUCCAGACCCGCAAUGUGUGUUUUGGACAAUGUUUUGAGAAUGGUGGGGGCGCUGGAGGCUGAGGUGGGGGCGCUGGAGGCUGAGGUGAGGGCGCUGGAGGCUGAGGUGGGGGCGCUGGAGACUGAGAUGGGGGUGCUGGAGGCUGAGGUGGGGGCGCUGGAGGCUGAGGUGGGGGCGCUGGAGGCUGAGGUGGGGGCGCUGGAGGCUGAGGUGGGGGCGCUGGAGGCUGAGGUGGGGGCGCUGGAGGCUGAGGUGGGGGCGCUGGAGGCUGAGGUGGGGGUGCUGGAGGCUGAGGUGGGGGCGCUGGAGGCUGAGGUGAGGGCGCUGGAGGCUGAGGUGAGGGCGCUGGAGGCUGAGGUGAGGGCGCUGGAGGCUGAGGUGGGGGCGCUGGAGGCUGAGGUGGGGGCGCUGGAGACUGAGAUGGGGGUGCUGGAGGCUGAGGUGGGGGCGCUGGAGGCUGAGGUGGGGGCGCUGGAGGCUGAGGUGAGGGCGCUGGAGGCUGAGGUGGGGGUGCUGGAGGCUGAGGUGGGGGCGCUGGAGGCUGAGGUGGGGGCGCUGGAGGCUGAGGUGAGGGCGCUGGAGGCUGAGGUGGGGAUGCUGAAGGCUGAGGUUGGGGCGCUGGAGGCUGAGGUGGGGGCGCUGGAGGCUGAGGUUGGGGCGCUGGAGGCUGAGGUGGGGGUGCUGGAGGCUGAGGUGGGGAUGCUGAAGGCUGAGGUUGGGGCGCUGGAGGCUGAGGUGGGGGCGCUGGAGGCUGAGGUGGGGGCGCUGGAGGCUGAGGUGAGGGCGCUGGAGGCUGAGGUGGGGGCGCUGGAGGCUGAGGUGGGGGCGCUGGAGGCUGAGGUUGGGGCGCUGGAGGCUGAGGUGGGGGCGCUGAAGGCUGAGGUGAGGGCGCUGGAGGCUGAGGUGGGGGCGCUGGAGGCUGAGGUGAGGGCGCUGGAGGCUGAGGUGGGGGCGCUGGAGGCUGAGGUGAGGGCGCUGGAGGCUGAGGUGGGGGCGCUGGAGGCUGAGGUGAGGGCGCUGGAGGCUGAGGUGGGGGCGCUGGAGGCUGAGGUGGGGGCGCUGGAGGCUGAGGUGAGGGCGCUGGAGGCUGAGGUGGGGGCGCUGGAGGCUGAGGUGGGGGCGCUGGAGACUGAGGUGGGGGCGCUGGAGGCUGAGGUGCGGGCGCUGGAGGCUGAGGUGGGGGCGCUGGAGGCUGAGGUGCGGGCGCUGGAGGCUGAGGUGCGGGCGCUGGAGGCUGAGGUGAGGGCGCUGGAGGCUGAGGUGAGGGCGCUGGAGGCUGAGGUGGGGGCGCUGGAGGCUGAGGUGAGGGCGCUGGAGGCUGAGGUGGGGGCGCUGGAGGCUGAGGUGGGGGCGCUGGAGGCUGAGGUGGGGGUGCUGGAGGCUGAGGUGGGGGCGCUGGAGGCUGAGGUGGGGGCGCUGGAGGCUGAGGUGAGGGCGCUGGAGGCUGAGGUGCGGGCGCUGGAGGCUGAGGUGGGGGCGCUGGAGGCUGAGGUGAGGGCGCUGGAGGCUGAGGUGGGGGCGCUGGAGGCUGAGGUGAGGGCGCUGGAGGCUGAGGUGAGGGCGCUGGAGGCUGAGGUGAGGGCGCUGGAGGCUGAGGUGAGGGCGCUGGAGGCUGAGGUGGGGGCGCUGGAGGCUGAGGUGCGGGCGCUGGAGGCUGAGGUGAGGGCGCUGGAGGCUGAGGUGAGGGCGCUGGAGGCUGAGGUGGGGGCGCUGGAGGCUAAGGUGGGAGUGCUGGAGGCUGAGGUGGGGGCGCUGGAGGCUGAGGUGAGGGCGCUGGAGGCUGAGGUGCGGGCGCUGGAGGCUGAGGUGGGGGCGCUGGAGACUGAGGUGGGGGCGCUGGAGGCUGAGGUGGGGGCGCUGGAGGCUGAGGUGAGGGCGCUGGAGGCUGAGGUGGGGGCGCUGGAGGCUGAGGUUGGGGCGCUGGAGGCUGAGGUGGGGGUGCUGGAGGCUGAGGUGAGGGCGCUGGAGGGUGAGGUGGGGGCGCUGGAGGCUGAGGUGGGGGCGCUGGAGGCUGAGGUGGGGGCGCUGGAGGCUGAGGUGGGGGCGCUGGAGGCUGAGGUGCGGGCGCUGGAGGCUGAGGUGGGGGCGCUGGAGACUGAGGUGGGGGCGCUGGAGGCUGAGGUGGGGGCGCUGGAGGCUGAGGUGAGGGCGCUGGAGGCUGAGGUGGGGGCGCUGGAGGCUGAGGUGGGGGCGCUGGAGGCUGAGGUUGGGGCGCUGGAGGCUGAGGUGGGGGCGCUGGAGGCUGAGGUGGGGGCGCUGGAGGCUGAGGUGGGGGCGCUGGAGGCUGAGGUGGGGGCGCUGGAGGCUGAGGUGGGGGCGCUGGAGGCUGAGGUGCGGGCGCUGGAGGCUGAGGUUGGGGCGCUGGAGGCUGAGGUGGGGGCGCUGGAGGCUGAGGUGGGGGCGCUGGAGGCUGAGGUGAGGGCGCUGGAGGCUGAGGUUGGGGCGCUGGAGGCUGAGGUGGGGGCGCUGGAGGCUGAGGUGGGGGCGCUGGAGGCUGAGGUGCGGGCGCUGGAGGCUGAGGUUGGGGCGCUGGAGGCUGAGGUGGGGGCGCUGGAGGCUGAGGUGGGGGCGCUGGAGACUGAGGUGGGGGCGCUGGAGGCUGAGGUGGGGGCGCUGGAGGCUGAGGUGGGGGCGCUGGAGGCUGAGGUGAGGGCGCUGGAGGCUGAGGUGGGGGCGCUGGAGGCUGAGGUGCGGGCGCUGGAGGCUGAGGUGGGGGCGCUGGAGGCUGAGGUGAGGACGCUGGAGGCUGAGGUGGGGGCGCUGGAGGCUGAGGUGAGGGCGCUGGAGGCUGAGGUGGGGGCGCUGGAGGCUGAGGUGAGGGCGCUGGAGGCUGAGGUGGGGGCGCUGGAGGCUGAGGUGGGGGCGCUGGAGGCUGAGGUGAGGGCGCUGGAGGCUGAGGUGCGGGCGCUGGAGGCUGAGGUGGGGGCGCUGGAGACUGAGGUGGGGGCGCUGGAGGCUGAGGUGGGGGCGCUGGAGGCUGAGGUGCGGGCGCUGGAGGCUGAGGUGAGGGCGCUGGAGGCUGAGGUGCGGGCGCUGGAGGCUGAGGUGGGGGCGCUGGAGGCUGAGGUGCGGGCGCUGGAGGCUGAGGUGCGGGCGCUGGAGGCUGAGGUGAGGGCGCUGGAGGCUGAGGUGAGGGCGCUGGAGACUGAGGUGGGGGCGCUGGAGGCUGAGGUGGGGGCGCUGGAGACUGAGGUGGGGGCGCUGGAGGCUGAGGUGAGGGUGCUGGAGGCUGAGGUGAGGGCGCUGGAGACUGAGGUGGGGGCGCUGGAGGCUGAGGUGGGGGCGCUGGAGGCUGAGGUGGGGGCGCUGGAGGCUGAGGUGGGGGUGCUGGAGGCUGAGGUGAGGGCGCUGGAGGCUGAGGUGGGGGCGCUGGAGGCUGAGGUGCGGGCGCUGGAGGCUGAGGUGAGGGCGCUGGAGGCUGAGGUGAGGGCGCUGGAGGCUGAGGUGGGGGCGCUGGAGGCUGAGGUGAGGGCGCUGGAGGCUGAGGUGGGGGCGCUGGAGGCUGAGGUGAGGGCGCUGGAGGCUGAGGUGGGGGCGCUGGAGGCUGAGGUGCGGGCGCUGGAGGCUGAGGUGAGGGCGCUGGAGGCUGAGGUGGGGGCGCUGGAGGCUGAGGUGAGGGCGCUGGAGGCUGAGGUGAGGGCGCUGGAGGCUGAGGUGGGGGCGCUGGAGGCUGAGGUGAGGGCGCUGGAGGCUGAGGUGGGGGCGCUGGAGGCUGAGGUGAGGGCGCUGGAGGCUGAGGUGGGGGCGCUGGAGGCUGAGGUGAGGGCGCUGGAGGCUGAGGUGGGGGCGCUGGAGGCUGAGGUGAGGGCGCUGGAGGCUGAGGUGGGGGCGCUGGAGGCUGAGGUGAGGGCGCUGGAGGCUGAGGUGGGGGCGCUGGAGGACUUUGUGCACACAAAGAAAGUUACUCGGGUCCGUUAUGUGAAAAAAAAGAUUGCAGCUGAAGGGGAACCCACCGCACCCAAACUGGAGGUCAAGGUCCACAACAAGGGCAACGCUCUGAGGGUGAACUGGGUGAAGCAGGACGAUGGCGGAUCUCCCAUCAUGCACUACCUGGUCCGCUACAAGGCUAGGCACACAUCUGACUGGAAGCCCGAGAUCCGCCUUCCCAACGGCAGCGAGUACGUGGUUUUGAGCGGCCUGGACUGGAACACAGAGUACGACGUCCUGGUAGUGGCCGAGAACCAGCAGGGCAAGUCCCAACCGGGGGCCGUGUCCUUCAGAACAGCCAACGAGCCCACCACAGUGCCAGUUGCUCUGCAGCCGUGCUCUGUGGCGGCUGUGGUGGCUGUGGCGGCUGUGGUGGCUGUGGCGGCUGUGGCGGCUGUGGCGGCUGUGGUGGCUGUGGCGGCUGUGGCGGCUGUGGUGGCUGUGGCGGCUGUGGUGGCUGUGGCGGCUGUGGCGGCUGUGGCGGCUGUGGCGGCUGUGGUGGCUGUGGUGGCUGUGGCGGCUGUGGCGGCUGUGGCGGCUGUGGCGGCUGUGGCGGCUGUGGUGGCUGUGGUGGCUGUGGCGGCUGUGGCGGCUGUGGCGGUUGUGGCGGCUGUGGCGGCUGUGGCGGCUGUGGUGGCUGUAGUGGCUGUGGCGGCUGUGGUGGCUGAAGCGGCUGUGGCGGCUGUGGUGGCUGUGGCGGCUGUGGCGGCUGUGGCGGCUGCUCUGUCUCCCGUCUCCUCUCUCUGGAGUAAAUCAGUGCCUCGGCUGCAGCUGUCCGCUCUGUCCGACAGCUCUUCUCCACGCUUCAUUUGA